ACUGGACGCCUUUCCAACUAUUGGAUUCAAUCUGACUUCAUCGCAAGGAUCUUGGGCCUCAAUGAAGCCCCUCCAUCGUACAGGCUCACGCCACAUCUAUCUUGCGACCCAUCUGGCAUGACCUUUGCUUUCGGCGGUUCUGGCGUCUAUGAGGUGCCGGACAAGAAGGUGCCGACCCUUGCCACACAGGUUAAUGCUUUCACGAGGCUACUUAAUACUGGGGUCAUCUCAAAACAACAGCUUCAGAGCUCCGUCGCUCUCGUCUCCAUCUCCGGCAGUGACUACAUGACUGGUGCCAAUGUCGACAAUGCCUUCUUGAGUAGCUUCGAUGAUAUCGAUAGUUAUAUUGGGAAUGUGACGACCGACAUUGCGAAGAACGUGAGGAAGCUACAGAGGCUAGGUGUGAGAAAGGUACUAGUGAACAACAUGCAUCCCAUUGGCUGCACGCCUUUGCGGACUAGUGCGAACAACUACACGACAUGCGACCUUCUGGCUAACUAUGCAGCAACUGUGCACAACAACAAUAUAGAACACCUGAUGGGGAACAAGAAUAAUGCCCACAUACUGGACCUCUACACUGCCUUCACCGACAUCGUCAAUCACGCCCCUGGUGAAGGAUCGGAGCAGUCAAACAAUUUCAAGCGCAAGCUGACACCUUGCUGCGAGGCUUCUACCGAGCUGGGGUACUGUGGACAGGUUAGCCCGUCAGGGGAGCGCCUCUACGACCUAUGCAAGAAUCCUGACAAGAACUUCUACUGGGACGAGAGUUACCCGACGACCGCUGGGUGGGAAGCUGUUAUAGAGGCGCUAGAAGAACCUUUGAGGGAGUUCCUAGACCGGGACUAUGUUCCAUGAUGCCUUUGUAGUUUAGGUUUGGCUCGAUCCAUUGCUUGUUGGUGCAAUAUCUUUUUGCUAGGUUAGCUUUAUAUAGAUAGUAUUCGUAUUUAGGAAGAAUCUUGUGAGUUUUUAUUGCCUUGUGUUCCAUGAACUUUUGUCUAGUUACCUUAAUGUUUUAAGAAAGUUGGUCGUACUA